UGGACAGCAGGGAUUUACAGUAGCGACACACGAUCUCUCUUUUGGGGAGUUUGCUGAACACAAAAGGAUUAUGCUGAACGUCGAGAUAAAGGUGUAUCUUUGUCAUGUGGAGUUUUAUUCUGCGUAAAAGAAGCGGAUACUGAAAGUUUUCAUAUCAUUUCGGGAGAAUGCAGGAGUCAGUGCCGAAUGUGGGUUUUCUUACUAAAGCAUGCGCCGUUGUCGGAUUUCUCAGUGGGAUCCACAUCAUCGUUACAUUGUUAUUUUAUUUAACAGAAUCGGGAGGUACUAGAUACACGACAUACCUGCAAAUGUCAUCAGACUUUCCUGAUUUAACAACUUUACAAGGUCGCCGAGCAGCCGCACUGGAGUUAAUAAGACAGUACACAAACGGAUCAAUAGAAAUAAAUCUAAAUAAACUGUUCUCUAAUGCAAGUGACAUUAAAGAUUACGCAGAGGAAAGCAAAGUACUAGAGGCAUGUCCUGAGACGUCACCACUUUUGUUGGGUCCAAUGCUGAUUGAUUUUUCUCAGCAAUUGCAUUUGGAUAUGGUGCGUAAAGAGAAUCCAAUGCUGUUUAUGGGCGGCAAGUAUAAACCCAGAAAUUGUGUGGCUCUUCAAAAAGUGGCAAUAAUCAUCCCAUUCAGAAACAGAGAUGACCACCUUAAGUACUGGCUCCACUUCCUUCACCCAGUCCUACAGAGACAGCAGCUUGAUUACAGAGUUUAUGUCAUAGAACAGAAUGGAGAUGUCACUUUCAACAGAGCAAAACUGCUCAAUGUGGGGUAUGUUGAGGGACUAAAGGAAUACGAUUAUGACUGCUUCGUCUUUAGUGACGUAGACAUCGUACCUAUGGACGACCGCAACCUCUACAAGUGCUCCAGUCAGCCACGCCACCUCUCUGUGUCUAUGGACAAAUUCGGCUUCAGGUUACCGUAUAAACAGUAUUUUGGAGGUGUAUCUGCAAUGAGUAAACAGCAAUUUCAACGGAUCAAUGGCUUUCCCAAUAACUACUGGGGCUGGGGAGGAGAGGAUGAUGACAUCUUUAACAGGCUGCAUUAUCGAGGCAUGAAGAUAUCAAGGCCAAGUGGAGACAUUGGUAAAUGCAGAAUGAUUCAGCACAAGAGAGACAAGAAAAAUGAGCCAAACCCACAGAGAUUUAAGAGAAUUACUCACACACGAAUGACAAUGAACAACGAUGGAAUCAAAUCACUUGUGUAUAAAGUUAUCGAUAUAAAGAAAGAUCUACUCUACACUAAAAUAACAGUGGACAUCGGCAAGCCAUGAAACGUCUAGAGUUCAGAAGAAACAUUUAGCUUGCAGCAACUCUUCAAGGAACCACCACAAAAUGAACUGUCAACUAAGAAUUCUCAAAUUAUUGAACAACACAGAAAACAUUAUUCUUUUUUCCUAAGAAAAGCUGUUUUCCUGAGCAUGCAAUGACAGGUGUUUAAAGUUCUUUAAAAAAAGGUGAAGGAUAUAUGGAUAUAUAUAUAUAUAUACUGUAUACAGUACUGUGUAAAGGUCUUAGACACAUAAGAUGCUUCACAAAAACUUUUGUCUUAAGAUAGUUAUUUAUAUUUUCAGCUUUAGUGUGUCAAUAGAAAAUAUACAUUUUAUACUCCCAAACAUUUCUUUUGCAAAUAGAAUAGAAGAAAAGGGAGCCCUUCAACAGAUGGCAUGGUCCCCACAGAUCCCCCCACUGAACAUUGAGUCCGUGUGGGAUUACAAGUAGAGACAGAAGCAAUUGAGACAGCCGAAAUAGAUGGAAGAACUGUUGCAAAUUGAAGCUUGGAACAUCCCAUCUGCCAUCAACUAAGAAAAAACGUGUCCAGGUGUACGUAGGAGAAUUUGUUCUGUUUUGAAGGCAAUGGCGUUAAUUGAUAAAUAAAAACUAUUUAUGGCAUUAUUUUUCCCAAGUGCCUAAAACAUUUAUACAGGUGUGUGUGUGUGUGUGUGUGUGUGUGUGUGUGUGUGAGCGUGUAUUUAUCACUUUGUGGGGACCAAAUGUCCCCAUAAGGAUAGUAAAACCCGAAAUUUUUGACCUUGUGGGGACAUUUUGUUUGUCCCCAUGAGGAAAACAUCUUAUAAAUCACACUAAAUUAUGUUUUUUGAAAAUGUAAAAAUGCAGAAAGUUUUCUGUGAGGGUUAGGUUUAGGGGUAGGGUUAGGUUUAGGGGAUAGAAUAUAAAGUUUGUACAGUAUAAAAACCAUUAUGUCUAUGGAAAGUCCCCAUAAAACAUGGAAACACAACAUGUGUGUGUGUGUGUGUGUGUGUGUGUGUGUGUGUGUGUGUGUGUGUGUGUGUGUGUGUGUGUGUGUGUGUGUGUGUGUGUGUGUGUGUGUGUGUGUGUGCGCGCGCGGACUUAUGGACUUAAGCAUUCGUCUUCCUGAAAAGCAUGUGAAUUGCCUGAUCUACACGUUAUUUCUCAUCUACAUAAAUUGUGGUUCACAAUAUCUUUUAUUUUCAAAAGAAAGAGGAUAUUCAACAACAACUAAAAAACAUACAUAUAUUGAUUGUAUCAAGAAAGGUUACAUAAACCAGACCUGAAAAAACCUAAAUAGCGAUUUGGCUAUUUGUUAACACUAUCCAAUGGCCUGCACGGCCAAAGGGAUGUCUUUAAAAAGAAAAAUAGUUUCAGUGAAAGAGCAAGUUAUUCAUUUUGAAAAAGAUUACAAGGACAGUCAAAGACUGAUGAAUCAGUCACAAUAAGGAAAAUGCAUUUAGAAAUAAUAGAGUCAGUUAUGAUUUCAAGUUUACUUUAAGCUCAAAUCAAGCCUUGUAAAUCUUAUAAAAAGUAACUGGCAAAGAACCAAACAUCAAGGAAUAACUGACUACUGUAAAUGUUGCACAAGUUCAAAGACUAAGUGCCUUUAAAAUGUGAUACAAACUUGUUUCCUCUAUGAUUGUUUUAAAUUUACUUAAUACAAUAUUUUGGUAGAUAUAUACAGUAUCAGUUGUUUAACUGUCUGUCCAACUUUACAUUAUGUUACUGUAUUAUUAAAAACAAUCGGGUAAUAUUAAAGAAAAACAUGUGCUUAUACAUUGGUGUUGUUAUUCCACUGUAAUUAAAUGCAUUACAAUGUAAUAUGUGUAACACUGUCACUACUGUAAAGUGUUAUCUGAUUGUUUUCAAUAUUAUUUUGAUUGGUGGAGGUUGAGUGAUGUGUACUCUUUAAGUAACAAAACAAAUCUCACUGUGAUGGGAGAGUAUUGGUCUUGAAAGCAUUAAAAUAGAAUGUUCAGACAGAUGUUAUAAACUAUUACUUGGUAAUAUUUGUUAAGAAAGAUAUACUUAUAAAUCCCUGUAAUAUGACAGUGCUGCCACAUUAGAAGGUUUGUGUUUUUUCCAAUAACCCUGAAAUAAAUCAAACCCAAAACACGUAUACUUAUAUAUUUGCAUAAUUUUACAUAUAAUUCAGUGUAUUUAUUUUAAUGCUUGUUAAAACAGUUUCAGUGCUGUUUAUUUUCCUGUGGGCUUGUCUUUAUUGCAACCAUGGCAGUGAAUGAACUUAUGGGCAGAGACAUUUGUAUUGAACAAACCCAGAUACUAGAAUUGACUGUCUUGUAAACCGAUGCUGCAAAGACGCAUUAUAAGUCAAACUACAGCCGAGAGAUUUUCUGAAUCUUUUGACCCUAGUUCUUUUAUUGAUUGUAGUGAUGCUGAAUAUUUUCUUCAGUCUUUUAAUAAUCAUUGUCUGUCUGUUUUAAAUA